GGAUUGUAAGUAAGCAUUUCACUGUAAAGUCUACACCAGUUGUAUUCGGCGCAUGUGACCAAUACACUUCGAUUUGAUAAUUGGAAUCUCUCAGAUUUACUUUUACUAUAUUACGUCUACCCCUGAGUCCAGGUUGGAUUAAACUACUCACACAGAGGGAUGAAUGAGGUCAUCUGACCAGUGUGUGCUGGUGUGACCUCACCCUACCCUCGAAGCCAAGCGGAACCAUGACCCGACACGGUGACUCCCAUUGACACUAAUCACCACGGUUUAUAUGAUACCUAUCAUAUGGCCAGGACUUGUAAAGUCAGAGGGCCAGAUAACUUUAGCAGACUCCACUGGCUAGAUCCAUUGGAUGAGGCUUUUGCAGCAAGCACUAUUGUUGCUUCCCAGUGCAGAGACAUAUGUGUUUGCUCUUCUCCCUGUGGGCAAUGGGGGCAUGGAGAACCUGUAUGCCCAUAAAGUCCAGAGCAGAGGUAUUGCACAGUUUUAAAUGUUCAGUUGUGCUGAGGGUUAAUGCGUGCAGUACCAGCCGCCUCUGGACACAGACCAUUUACUCUGGCUGAUAGAUGAUGUGUUAGAACUAAGGUGUGUGUGUGUGUGUGUGUGUGUGCAUGCGUGCCUGUGUAAUGUUUGUACAGUCAACCUGCAUGUGUGCACGAGUGUGUGCGUGUAUGUUCCCCACACCCAGUCAUCUGCAGGCCAGAGUGGAGCCCCAGCUGCAUUUCAUAAGCUAUAAAACUUCAAACAGCAUCUCCCAGACAGGCCCAAUGUACUCUCAAAGCUCCACAGCCCCUUCUCCUUCCCUUUUAUUGGACAACUCAGGAGACCGACCAUGAAGGCUACAUCACUGUCAGAAGAGCCGCCGUCAGAGACAGUGGGAGAGGCCUGGGAGAAGGAGAAAGAGGACAGAGGGAGAUGAAGUACUGUACAUUGGUUCCAAACAGUAGAACAAACUUGAAGCUUUGCCCAGGAUGUGUUUGAUUGACACCUGACUGAGGUAGACGCUGAACAUGCCUAACCCCAGGCAGACGGUUUCACGCUUUGUUGGAGAGAUAGCAACCGCAUGAUCUCCCUUUUAAUGAACCUUCAGACUGUCUGAUGAAAGCCUUCCACAUUAACCAACCCCAGAGAAACAGUCAGUGGGACUGAGUUAGACUAGGCUUCAUCAGGUGCUAGCUAUGUACAGUACGAGACAGCAGUGACUUUCAUUCUAAAAACAUGGAAGAAGCUGGUUAUGAACUAUAAAUUGUUAAAUCCAAACCUAAGAUAGUUUUUGGAGUUGACAGGUUUCAGUAGGUAGAUCUACUUUAAGUCCAGUUGAUCUUAAUGUAGGUGUUAGCGGUGCCGGUGACGACCUCUGCCAGGUUAUUUCACUGUCUUGGUUGGCCAGUGUUCAGCCUACUGCCCUCCACAACCUCCUCUUAGUGCCUACAGCCCUGUGUUUAAGAUCUCCUGCUCCAUCAGCACUGGCUGAGCCCACAUUCCCCUUCCCUGGCCUGGAGUCAGGGAAGGGCCACGCACGCACGCGCACGCGCACACACACGCUUGGUAGAGAGUUGCCACUGUUUUGAUGAUUCUCUCUGUCAGUGCAAGGUGGGAGCAAUCUGUCUACAUGUCCAUCCAUCUCACACCUAUUCAUUUAAAUAGCUCACUGACAUGUGUGAGUGCAAGAAGAAAAGCGAAAACACAUACAGGUCUUACACCAAACUACUGAAGGAAUUUGGAGUGAAGGGGUUGCUAACUCUGCUCUUGACUUUGUUUACACAUACAGUAUGUUGUAAAUUAGGGAAUAGAAGCGUUGCUGCAGUUGACACAAGUUGUAUUCAUAAGAGAGGCAUUUAAUUAAUGCCGCUAGCCAUCAUUGUGAUCAAACCUACACCGGCCUGUGAUCCAGACUUUGGGUGCUUUAAAGUAGCUUAGCUUCUGGUGCCCGUCUGUUAACACAACAUCAAUGAGAUGUAGUUUAUUGAUUAUGCUGUAGCUGAGCACUUAAUGCUUUUUCCCCUCAAGAGCAGUGAUUACAGUCCACGGCUGUGUUUUGACAGGCAUUGGCACGGCGUCUCAGCUUCAAUCCACAACCCUCUGACACGUACAAGCUGCUACGCCUCCAACUACAUUCCUCAGGAAACACAGGAUGAGUGAAAUGCUGUUUCAUCAUGAACAUGUGUUUUCUCAGGGACCCACUGUUGAUUGCACCUGAACAUGUGCUCAAGCAAGUUCAGGAUCUCAUGUUUAUGGACCAAGUCAUUAUGAAACAAUCAUUUGACCAUCCUGAAUCCAUGAUCAAACAGAGCCGAUAACGUUCCACCUAUGUUCCGUGAAUCCUAACAUACCUGCAGUCUGUGUGGUUCAUAACUCAUCAUGCUGGUGGACUAACUUCAUUACGGUAUAGUCUGGUUGUUUAAAGGUCAAUGCUGCUACUUGUUGGAGACUUUGACUUGGCCUUAGAUCACAUGAGGGGCUCCUGAGGACAUUGCUACACCUCUGAUGGGUUUGACAGGGUAGCCGUUUGACCAUAGUUACUACCUCCUGAAUGACUUUCUCCAGGGAGAUAGGGAGCUCUACUUUACGUCUGAAGGUCAGGUGUCAGUGACUUCUCCCCAAUGUGACCUCGCCGCUGUAGGCCCAAUUGACAGUGACAUCAUGCCUGUGACCUUUGUGUGGGGGUAAUUUUAGAUUGCCGAUUGCUUAGGUGUCAAUGACUUAUGGACGUGGGUAAGCAUGUAUGAGGAUCAAGUGGCACACUGUAGAGCAGGAGUGUCAAACAUAUGGCCCACAGACCAGAUCCGGAUGGCAAGCCCAUUCAAUUCGGCUAGCGGGUGGUUUGAGUAAUUUAAAAAAUAUAUUAUUUUUCUAUUAUUAUUUAUUCAUUUUUCAUGGAAAAAAAUAUCUUAUAUCGACAUUGAAAUGACUAAAACCAAACUGUGUAGAAAUGAUAAUGGCUCAAAAGUCUCUGUCCAGCUCACUAACAGUCAUCAAAACCAAAGCUAGACAGUCAGGGAGUAAUCGAUGCAAAGCAAUGGAUAGAGGACUAUUUUUAGAACAUUUAUACGAUGUGAAAUAUAACCAAUUUUAAGUGUGUUCCUCCAGACCUCGGUGAAGACCAAAUGCGGCCCAUGGGGCAAAAUGAGUUUGCCACCCCUGCUGUAGAGGCUGGAUGAUACUCUGUACAGUAGGCUGACAUGGUGAUCUGACUUGGCAGUGGGAUUUGAAUGUUACCGAUGCUCAUAAUCCUUCAACAUAAACAAAGGAUCUGCUCUAUUAGAAUCUAGAAUUCAACGCAUCCUCUGUAUAGAGGUCAUUUCACUGUAAGAUCAACACCUGUUUUAUUUGGUGCAUGUGACAAAUACAUUUUUAUUUGAAGUAUGAUGAGCUCUAAAAAGGGAUAGUUAAUUACAGAUUCAUUGCAUUGCCAUUCAUUCUUGUUGAAGACGGAAGCUUCUUUGUUUGCCUGUAAGUUGUAGAGUGCUAGGCCUACAGUCUCUGUAUUGAUCCACACGGUCACCAUAUCGCUCAGAGUCAGCACCUCAUAAAACCAUUGUCAGGGUUCCCAUCUGUCCGAGUGUUCAUGGAGUCUGUCUCCUCACCUCCAGGGAGCGGAACUGGCUCAUCCCUAUCUGUUUCCCCCAUUAUACAUCAGCUUUACACGGAGCAGAACGCAGAUCCACUUCUCCCAAGGUGACACAACAGCAGACAAACUCACUGUCCUCUCUCCCACUGAGCUUAAAGCUUCCUGUCUGAUCAGAUCAUUUCCUGUCUGUAGGCAGGGGUAUUAGGAGAUUAAUCACAGGGCUACUUUGCAUUGUUUUCCAUCAACAGAAUUUGGCUUAGCCAAAACAGCGCUGUGUCUAUGGAGACCGCUUUAAGUAAUGUAAGAAGUGUCUGAAUCACUUGUGUACACAGGCUUUUGUAGGAGCCUGUGUGUAGGAGUCAUUUCUCUUGAAACAAAUUGCCUGUUAGUGAACACAGAAAAGGGGGGAAACAAAUUAAGGAGGAGUGUAAAGAACGCCCUCAUCUGACCAGGGUCCCUCCUACUUCCUCACAGUCUAAACCAGAGCCUCACAGAUCUCUGCCUAACUGCCUAUGGGUGAGUUGACAUCACCAGCUAAAAGUCCGGUGCUACACACACAGCAUUUAUUCACCUUUCAUUGUCCUGAUGACAUGCUUGGAAUGUGAUGGUAGAGUUCUUAUGGAGAAAUGCCAACUCUGAACUUGGAGUGGAUCCUGUACUAUGGCAAACAUGUUAGACAUGGACUCUCCUGUAGUUCAUCUAGAAUAGUGGAUUGAAGAGGUUGCUGGAGAAUGAGAAAGCCUACCAGGUGCGUAAAGAGAAGGAGAACACCAAGCGUCUGGAGAAGGUGAGGGAGGAGCUGGUCAAACUGAAGUCCUUUGCCCUGAUGCUGGUGGACGAGCGGCAACUCCACCUGGAGCAGAUGGACCAGCAGAGCCAGAGGGUCCAGGAGCUGACCCAGCAGCUGUCCCAGAGGGAGCAGGACCUGAGCAGCGCCAGUGCUCGGGCCCAGGAGGACAGACAGAGGGCCCUGAGCUUGGAGGGUGAGCUGAGUGAGUGCCAGGCCAAGUUUACCCAGGAGCAGGAGGAGAUUACAGCCAAGCUGGCCAGCCAGGAGUCCCAGAACCGCCAGUUGGAUGUCAAGCUGUCUGGACUCACCCACACGCUGGAGGAGCUGGAGGAGAGCAACAGGGCUCUGAGGAGGUCAGAGGAGGAGUGCAAUGGGGCUCUGAGGAGGUCAGAGGACAAGCUGGAGGAGAGCAACGGGGCUCUGAGGAGGUCAAACGAGGAGCUGGAGGAGAGCAAAUGGGCUCUGGCGAGGUCAAAGGAGGAGCUGGAGGAGAGCACCGGGGCUCUGAGGAUGUCAAAGGAGGAGCUGGACGAGCUGAGGGAUAAGAUCAGCAAAGGGGAUUGUGGGAACUCUAACCUAAUGACUGAACUGGAGAACCUCCGCAAACGGGUAUUUGAGAUGGAAGGGCAGGACGAGGAGAUCACCAAGGCAGAGGCCCAGUGCAGGGAGCUGAGGAAGAGGUUGCAGGAGGAAGAGAGCCGAGGGAAAGAACUCAAACUGCAAGUGGAGAAGCUCCAGAGGAGAAUGGUGGAACUGGAGAGACUAGAGGGGGCGUUCAAUGCCAGCAAGGCGGAGUGCUUCCAGCUACACGCCACUCUGGAGAGAGAGAAGGACGUGUCAAAGGAGCUCGCCGACGAACUGGUGGCCGUUAAAAUACGCAUGAAAGAGAUGGAAUCCUCUGAGCUGAGACUGGAAAAGACUGAGCAGGGCCUUAAAGAUGACCUGGCAAAGCUGAAAUCAUUCAUUAUGGUAAUGGUUGAUGAGAAAAAUAAUAUGAUGGAGAGAAUGCUGUUAGAGGAGAAGAAGAGGGAUGAUCUGAGUAAGAUGUUCAAAGUAGAGCAGGUCAAGGUCAUGGAGGUGACUGAGAGAUUGAUAGAGGAGAGUAAAAAGCUCCUGAAGUUGAAAUCAGAGAUGGAGGCCAAGGUUGGGACCCUCACCAGAGAGAAAGGAGAGCUUAGCACUAAGCUCACAUGUGAAAUGGAAAAGAGCAAGGAUCUGAGCGCCAAAGUCAGCCAAAUGAACAAGAGGUUAGAUGGAUUGCACGGGGCAGAAAAUAUAUCCACAAAUAACAUAGCAAAGAGGGAACUGGGAAGCUUGUCAGACGGGAGUUCGAAAGAGGACAACAGGGUGAAGGAGCUAACGUUUGAAAUAGAGCGGUUGAAAAACCGUCUCAAGCAGCUAGAGAUUGUGGAGGGCGAUUUGAUAAAGACAGAGGAUCAGUACGACCUGCUGGAGAAAAAGUUCAUGACGGCGCAAGACAAGGCCAACUUUCUCUCCCAGCAGGUGGAGGAGAUGAGGAGUCAGAUCGCCAGGAUUAAAGCAAUAGAGAAUGGAGAGGUGGAGAGCCAGGAGGCAGACCUACAACAGCGCUGCAGGACAGAUAACGCCAACACCAGAGACUUGCAGAAUGACAUGGUAGCCCUUAAGGAGAAGAUCCAUGAGCUGAUGCACAAAGAAGACCAGCUCUCUCAACUCCAAGUGGACUACUCCUUCCUCCAGCAGAGGUUCCUAGAGGAAGAGGAGAAGAAGAACAACAUGAGCAUUGAGGUCCUCCACCUCACCAAAGAGCUGGAGGUGACCAAGCGCCACAGCCGCGCUCUACGACCCAGUCUGAACGGGAGGAGGAUGGUGGACAUUGCCAUGGCGUCCACAGGAGUUCAGACUGAUGCGCUGGCAAAUGAGACGGCAGAAGAGGACACCCCGGCUGUGUUCAUCAGGAAGUCCGUCCAGGAAGAGAAUCACAUCAUGAGUAAUCUUCGACAGAAGGGUCUCAAGAAACCCACAGAGAAAGCUGGUGGUCAUGAACGCUACUCACCCUCUGCUGCCGCUGACCUCAGCAUGAAGAAGUCCUGGAUUCCCUGGAUGAGGAAGAGGGAACUCAUCCCUCAGGGUGGUAAUCUGGACAAGUCUGUCCAUAUCAACAGUGAAUCCAUGCAUUCUGACCUGGCCAUGUCCCAGAAGCAAGGGCAGCCUUUACGCAUCAGAGUGACCCCAGACCACGAGAACAGCACGGCUACCUUGGAGAUCAGCAGUCCGUCUGCUGAGGACCUCUAUUCCAGCUCCAGCUCCAGCCUCAGUCCCACCCUGCAGGGCCACCAGAAGCCUCGGAUCACAAUCAUUCCCACCCACACCACCGCAGCUUCAAGGGGGAAAGCCAGCGCCGGGCCAGGGGGACCAGAGUGGGCCAAGUCCCCGGUCACCACCAUCUCCAGGGCCAAGUCACCAGAGAUCAGCAAGGCCUCCUCCUCAUCAGGCAGACCCAUAUCACCCAUAUCCAUCAUGACAGUUAGCGCUUCUAUGGUGUCCAACAUGUCCACCUCCCCAGAGCCCCAGGAGAUGACCAUGGGCCGGGCCGUGUUCAAGGUGACCCCUGAGAAACAGAUGGUCCCCACACCGAUCAGGAAGUACAACUCCAAUGCCAGUAUCAUCACCACCACAGAGGACAACAAGAUUCACAUCCACCUGCAUGGCUCCCAGUUCAAUAAGGGCCCCUCGGAGGGCCACAACAACACCACAGGACCCAAGGUGGUGGUUAGGCCUGUCGGCAUGGCAACAGAGUGUAGCAGAGAGAUGAUGUUAUCCACAGGCACGGUUUUGCGCUCCCCUCGCCAUAGUGCCACUGUCAAAACCACACCCAGUAAAGUGAUGAGCAGCAUCACCAUCACUGCAGUCACGUCCACCCCUGCCAGACCAACACAAGCUGUGCCCGGGCAUGAUGCCCACCCACCCCGGGCAGGGCUCACCCGUAUCCCUAUGUCCAAGGGCCUGAAGACGGGCAAAGCCAUGCUGGGAGCCCUGGGGAUGUCUGGAGGAAUGAGGCUGGAGCAGAGAGCAGAAAGCCAGUCCAUGAGGAUAGAGCUGAAGAAAUCCACAAUCAGCAGCACAACAGCCUUUCAAAAUGGAGGGAAAAGCUGUUAGAGCCAGAGACACUAACAGGGAACAGAAGUCAAACAAGCUGCCAACCCAUAGUAAUGUUCUAUGGGUCAGAGGUGCUCAGUAUAGAGGCACCUGGAGACAGAGCGAGGGGGGAUUUUCAGACAAGGUUAAGUCGUUUGGCUCCUCUCUAUUGAGCAGGAGCCUGAGUUGAUCAUUGUGUUCUUGUCUAACUGAAAACAGUACACAUAUCUAAUAUAUUAUAUUUUUAGAAACUAUUUAUAUUCUGUUCUCAGUGUUUGUAAUGUGGAUGAAAUCAACUUAACUGCCUUCUUUGAUAACCGCUGGCAUGUGUGCAUUUUGUAAGGGGAGAGGCAGUGUGUAUUGUCAGGCAAUUCUGCUACUAACUGCAUCAUGUAUUCGUUAGGGACUGCUUCACCUAGUGAGCUUUUCAUUAUGCAUUUUUGUACUGCAUUUAAUACUGAGGCCAUAUCAUUUGGUUUGCAGCAAAUUAAAUGUGUCCUUUUUAUGUAAAGGUUUUUAAAUAACAUUUUUUUCUGAAAGAUUACCUACAGCAUAUUCAACAAAGAAUAUUGUUAUGAGAAUACAUGCAACAUUGAGUGCACAAUGUUAAUGUUCUCGAACAUUAUUUUCGAUGCAUUUUUUGGGCAAGGCAUCAGUUGAACGAGACUCACUGUAGUAAUUAAUUCAUCUCACAUUAAUUUACUGACUAGGCAGUGUUUGUAUUGACUUGCUGCGUGUUAUGAAAUUGGAAAAUAUAUAAAUUGGAAAAUGUAUCAAAACAAAUGGCCAUAUACAUCAAUGCUUCUGCUGUGAUACACUGGAGAGCCAAAUUUUCACAGUCAUCUUUCAAUUGUGGAGCGCUCACUUGCCAUAGAGCAAUUAAAAUCAACUCGUUUAACAAGCUGCCUGUGUCUACAAUCACCAACCAUGUGCCCUCUGAAUGAAAGAAUAAUAUUGUUUCUAAUUUGCUCAAUCGACCAAUGAGAGACAAUCAAACCAGUGUCAUUAGAUGGGUUUGUUGUGAGUCAAAGGGUAACUAGCCUGAGAGCCCCUACGGGAAAUGUAUAGAAAUAUAGGAAUUCAAAAUGUGUCAAAAUAUAUUUUGUAAUGUCUAUGCCAUAAAUAAAAUAUUUCUAAAUGUU